CAUGAAGCGGUAUUCAGAAGGCAAAUAUUCGAGAGUGCGUUCGACUCACGCCAACUCGCAAACCAACCCAGUCGACUUCAGUUAAGUGUAUUGUUGCAAGGUAAUCAUGGCUUCGGAGCGGUACAGUUUUUCGCUCACUACUUUCAGUCCCUCGGGCAAACUAGUGCAGAUAGAAUAUGCAUUGGCAGCUGUAUCAGCUGGUGCACCUUCUGUCGGGAUUAAGGCAUCGAACGGAGUUGUUUUGGCAACAGAAAAUAAGCACAAAUCAAUACUCUAUGAUGAGCAUAGUGUCCACAAAGUAGAGAUGGUGACCAAACAUAUUGGAAUGAUUUAUAGUGGAAUGGGACCCGAUUAUCGCCUGUUAGUCAAACAGGCUAGAAAAAUAGCGCAGCAAUAUCUACUUGUCUAUCAGGAACCUAUCCCAACUGCUCAACUUGUUCAACGAGUAGCGAUGCUGAUGCAAGAGUACACGCAGUCAGGAGGUGUACGCCCGUUUGGCGUAUCUUUAUUGAUUUGCGGGUGGGACAACGAUAAGCCGUAUUUGUUCCAAUGCGAUCCUUCGGGUGCAUUUUAUGCCUGGAAAGCGACUGCAAUGGGAAAGAAUUACAUUAAUGGUAAGACAUUCCUAGAAAAAAGAUACAGUGAAGAUCUAGAGUUGGACGAUGCAGUCCAUACAGCUAUUCUUACCCUGAAAGAGGGAUUCGAGGGACAGAUGACUGCUGAUAACAUUGAAGUUGGUAUUUGCGAUGCAAAUGGGUUCAGGCGAUUAGAUCCGUCCAACGUUAAGGACUAUCUAGCAAACAUCCCCUAAUUUUAAUAAUCUGAUUUUUUUGUAUUCUAAUAUCCAUUAAUUAAUUGAGGAAUUCUAAAACAAUAAGAAAUUUGCUUGUGGAUAAUAAAAUCUUUAAACAAA